AUGGCCAGUUACAGCUUCAGGCAAACCAGCUCUUCCGUGGCGGGGGGGCCUGUCGGCUCCUCGCUCCGCUUCGGCGGCAGCUUCAGGGCCCCCAGCAUCCACGGGGGCUCCGGGGGCAGGGGCGUGUCCGUGUCCUCGGCCAGGUUUGUCUCCUCGGGCCUGGGAAGCGGCCUGGGGGGAGGCUACGGAGGCGGCUUUAGCAGCAGCUUUAGCUAUGGGGGCGGCCUGGGAGGCGACGGGCUCCUCUCGGGAAACGAAAAGGCGACCAUGCAAGGCCUGAACGACCGCCUGGCGUCCUACCUGGAGAAGGUGCGCGCGCUGGAGGACUCCAACGCUGACCUCGAAACUAAAAUCCGAACCUGGUACCAAAAACAAGGGCCAAGCCCAACUCGGGACUACAGCUCUUAUUUCAAGACUAUUGAGGACCUUCGAGACAAGAUCCUUGAUGCCACCAUCGACAAUGCCAGGAUUGUGCUGCAGAUUGACAACGCCAGGCUGGCUGCCGACGACUUCAAAACCAAGUUUGAAACUGAGCAGGGGCUUCGCCAGAGCGUGGAGGCCGACAUCAACGGCCUGCGCCGCGUCCUGGACGAGCUGACCCUGGCCAGAGCCGACCUGGAGCUGCAGAUCGAGAGCCUGAAGGAGGAACUGGCUUAUCUGAGGAAGAACCACGAGGAGGAGAUGAGUGCCCUGAGAGGACAAGUAGCCGGCCAGGUCAGUGUUGAACUGGACUCUGCUCCAGGCAUUGACCUGUCCAAGAUCCUGGCGGAUAUGAGAGACCAGUAUGAACAAAUGGCUGAUAAGAACAGGAAGGAUGCUGAGGCCUGGUUCCACAGCAAGACCGAGGAGCUGAACCGGGAGGUGGCCAUUAACACCGAACAACUGCAGAGCAGCAAGUCCGAGGUGACUGACCUGAGGCGCAGCCUGCAAGGGCUGGAGAUCGAGCUGCAGUCCCAGCUCAGCAUGAAAGCGGCGCUGGAAAGCACCUUGGCCGACACGGAAGCGCGUUACGGGGCGCAGCUGGCGCAGAUCCAGGGGCUGGUUGGCAGCAUGGAGGCACAGCUGGCAGAGCUCCGAGCUGAGAUGGAGCGCCAGAACACCGAGUACAAGAUCCUCAUGGAUAUCAAGACUCGGCUGGAGCAAGAGAUCGCGACUUACAGGCAGCUGCUGGAAGGCCAGGAGUCCCAGAUGUUUGGCUCCCUUUCAGGAACUCCUGACAAAAGAGACAAGCGGGGAGAUGGGAAACAGCAGUGAGGAUCCUCCAAAGGUCAUCUGCAAAGUGAGGAAAGACAGACAGCACACGGGGAUUGAGACGGAGAGGAAUCACUCUGAACGGCUGGAAUCGACUUUUAAAGCACAGAAAGUUCUUGGGCACACAAAGUUUCGGCAGCUACACUCACAAAAUGGUGAUUCAGUUGCAAAUAGAGUCAGCUUUGCAAUUUUUUCCAGGUCUUGCAUGUACUGAAUUGCUGCA